UUGCUUCAUCAAACAUUUUUAUUUUCCAAUUCACGGCCGGACUGUUUCUUUAUUUCACUUUUUCGAAGUUUCAAAUUAGAAUUAAAGUAAGUUUUUGCCAAUAAAAUGAAAUAUACAAUUUGAAAUUUUCAGAAUGAUUACAUGGACUUCAAUAAAACGUGGAUUUCCAAUAUAUUCGUGGCCAAUUCUAGCAGCAACAGCCAUAUUUGUUGAUUGGAAUCAUACGAGAGAAUGGAAAGCAGCUGGAAAGGUUUCGAUGUUACAAAAAGAAAUUCUAGGGAAUGCCAAGUAA